GUCUAGGUAGGCUGCUCAGGUAUAAUAGAGCCACACGCGCACCUGUCCGGCCAGAUUGCAGUUUGUGGUGUAGUGGUUUUCUUGUGCUGGGAUGGCUUGUGCUCACAAACUGAGAGCACUCUUUGCUCUUGCUUGCCUCGUGAGUUCUUCUUUUGAGAGCUACGUGGUAACAGUCCCGAAGAAGUGGAUUCCCGGUGGGGACUUGCAAGUAUGCGUCCAAGUGAAGAACCCCGAGGCCCAACAGGGGAAAGUAACCGUCAGGAUCCACCACGUACAACAGCAACAAAACCUAGAGGUCUUCCCACCACCAGACGGCGGAUUUUCCUCUCCAAUAGCAAGGGAGAUCACCGCGAAUAAACUGCUGACGGAGGGAGACAUACAGGUUCCGCAAGGCGACCAGCACCUUUGCAGCAACAUUCCUCUGCCAGAAACCGAAAAGGAGACCCCGAUAUGGUGGCCAAGCCGUGACACCAUAUCCAUCUCAGGAGUGCUUGAUGGCACCACAGUCAACCACACCCGUGACAUUGAGCGGCAGGUCAGCGUCAACAAGACGAUUGUGCAGACCGACAAGUAUCUGUACAAACCAGGACAGAAAGUCAGAUUCAGGGUGCUGUCGCACUUUGGUCCACUAAUGAAGAUCUCUACUGAAGACUACAGAGAGAUAUACGUCACCACCCCAUCUAAUAACCGCAUUGCCCAGUGGUUGGAUGUUGACAAUUCCAAAGGCCUGGUGCAUUUAGAAUUCCAACUCGCUGAUGAACCUGAGGAGGGAGUCUACAACAUCAGACUGGGUAAUGUGAAUGGUGUGGAAACCGCAACUACUUUCGAAGUGAAAGAAUACGUCCUGCCCAGGUUCGAGGUUACUGUGAAACCACCUAAAUACGUUUUGGUCACAGACAGCAGCUUCACUUUUACUGCGUGUGCUAAGUACACUUUUGGUGAGCCAGUCAAAGGGAAUAUUUCUUGGGAGAUCAACAACCUGCAAAGCUCUGGAUGUCGAUCAAUCUUCACAAAGAAUGACACAAUUUCUGGCUGCAGCGAGAUAAGAGUCGAGUCUAAUGACAUUCGAGUGGCAGACUGUAACGUUUAUAACAUCAGGGCAAAGGCUACAGUGGCAGAAGAGGGCACUGGAGCAGCCGAGGAAGUCACAGGCGAUGUUGGGGUUGAGAGAAGGGCAGUGAUUUUUGAAACCAUUUCCCAAGAUGAAUUCUUGAAACCUAAUCUGCCCUUCACGUUGAAGGUACUGGCUAAAUUACCUGAUGGGACCCCUGCUAGUGGUGAACUCCUUGAAGUCUGCCAUGGAGGAUCUUGCAAUAACAUCACUACCCCUUCAGAUGGCAUUGUCAAAGUUUACUUAACCAAUCCUCAGAGUAGGAAUGUUGUUAUCAAACGUCUGGCAACCAGGGCACUUCUAUUUGAAGAUAGUUUUAGCCACACAGUGAGGAGGUUUUACUCUCCGUCCAACUCCUCCCUUGUCAUCCAUGCUGCAGAUGAAACUAUAAACUGCACCAGUGGUGAGGACACCAGCCAUACACUGAAGGUCCUGUUUGCGUCUGUUCGACAAAGUUCUGCUCUUCUUAAUGUUCAGGUGAUGGCCAGAGGAAAAAUUCAAUACUUCAAGUCUGAGAGGUAUGAACUGACUCCCUCUGACUUACCCUUUGAGGAGGACUUCUUCGUGGAACAUCUUGAUCCUGAACCAGAAGAUGUUGUCACAGGCGUCCUCAACAUUCCACUCGCUUUGCCCUCGACGGCAUCACCAAAGAUAAAGGUACUGGUAUGGUACAUAAGGGAUGAUGGUGAAGUGGUCUCCGACGUGAAAGAGAUGACCGUAGAAAAAUGUUUACCGAACAAAGUAGAUUUCACCUGGUCCACCAACAGGACCCAACCAGGAGAGACAGCCUCUCUGAAACUGGCUUCUGCUCCAGAUUCGAUUUGCAGCUAUGGGGUUGUGGACAAGAGUGUGGAAUUGGUUUCACCCAGGCAAGACACUGUGACUGUCGACAGCUUCUUCCUGGAUGACUUCCGUUACAACCUUCAGCCCUGGACUUUCCCACAGGUUGACGACUACAAUUACUGCAGGAGGCAACUGCAAGUCGAUAUUGGAGAGGAAGGAAGAUACAAUUACUACACAGAUUACGUUGACACCCUGCACAUAUUUGACCAAUCUGGCCUUUACGUCUUCACGGAUCUGAAACUGGAGACCAGGCCCUGUGUCAGAGAAGAAUUUGAGAAUCGCUUCUUUGGCAACAGAAUUUUCUUUGGUUCCGGUGGAGGUGGUGCUAGUUUUGGUGGACCUGCUCUUGAAGCUGCCCCUCCUCAAUCAUUCGCUGACACUAAAAGAGCUGGACCACCAACUCCUCCUUCUCAGCCAGGAGAAGAACCAAGAACAGACUUCCCCGAAACCUGGCUCUGGGAUCUUGUGGUUGUUCCGUCAAACGGAGUGCUUGAACAGAAUGUUGAAGUUCCAGACACCAUCACGGAGUGGGUCGGUAAGGCCGUGUGCGUUCAUCCAGAGAUAGGAGUUGGCGUAUCAGAAAGGGCUUCUCUCAUCACCUACACCACCUUCUUUGUGGACCUUACGCUUCCUGCUUCGAUCAAGAGAGGAGAAAUUCUACCCGUCAAGAUCUCCGUCUUCAAUUACCUUCAGCAACCCUUGCCAGUGAGGGUCAUCUUGGAAAGCAGUCCAGAAUACGAAUUCAUGGGAGAAGACAGUUACAGCAGCAUGCCUGCUGGCCAAAGACUGUCCUGCAUUGGAUCACAGGAAAAGGCGGUCCAUACCAUCAAAAUCAAACCUACCGUCAUUGGAGAAGUGAAUAUGACUGUCAGGGCCUUUGUAGAUACUGAAACCCCUCUGUCUUGUGGGGAUGGAUCUGUUAGUGUUGACAAAAGGGAUGCACUCAUAAGGCCUAUAACAGUAGAGGCCGAAGGCUUUUUGAGAGAAGAGACCUGGAACAAAUAUAUCUGUGCCAACGAAAUAGCAGGAGGAGAAGACUCCAUUGAAACAACACAGCUGAUCGUACCCCCUGGUAUGGUGGAGGGAUCUGAAAGAGCGUGGGUCACUGCAGUUGGAGAUCUCUUGGCCAUUUCUUUGCAGAACCUAGGGUCUCUCAUCAACAUGCCUUACGGGUGUGGUGAGCAGAACAUGGUGAACUUUGCUCCUAAUAUAUUCAUCCUGCAGUACUUGAAAGCCACAGAUCAAGAGACUCCAGAAGCAAAAGAAAAAUUGCUUAGAUACAUGAACACUGGAUAUCAACGCCAGCUGCUGUACAUGCAUCCAGAUGGUUCCUACAGUGCUUUUGGCAAAGCUGAUGACACUGGUUCUAACUGGCUCACUGCCUUCGUCCUAAAGUCCUUCGCUCAAGCAGAAAGAUUUAUUCCGAUUGAUAAAAACACUCUCAAUGUGACUGCAACAUGGCUUAUCAAUUCCUAUGGUGAGGGCACCUGCGCACAAUCCAUUGGAAAAGUAUUCCAUAAAGGACUGAAGGGAGGUCUAGGUACUGGAGAGACCUCUGGUGCUCCACUGACAGCAUAUAUCCUGAUAUCUCUUCUGGAAUCUGGAAGCUCCACAACAGACCCCACAGUGCAAAAGGCUCUGAGGUGCCUCAUUGAAGAUAAUUCUGGAGACUCUUACACUCUGGCCCUUAAAGCCUAUGCUCUGGCCCUUUCUAAAAUCCCAGAGGCUCCAGGAGUACUGCAGCAAUUACUGAACCAAGCUACAGUUACCAAAAACUCGACACACUGGGAGCUACCAAAAGGAUCAGGAGUCUUUCCAGAAAGCAGCUCAGCACUGGAGGUUGAGACAGCAGGCUAUGGCAUCUUGGCCAUGAUGGCCACAGAUCCUAAAGCUUAUGAACAACAAGCAAGAAAAGUGGUCAAGUGGAUCACCACUCAGAGGAAUGGCAGAGGUGGUUUCUACUCCACACAAGAUACAGUUGUUGCUCUUCAGGCUCUGGCUAGUUACGAAUCGACACAGUUCCAGGGCGACUUGAAUGUGAGAGCUAUGGUUGAGGCUAAUAAUUUCCAGCACACGUUCAUCGUCACAGAAUCUAACAAACUUCUAUAUCAAGAGGCGUCUUUGCCAGUCCUGCCAACUAAUGUUACCUUCAGGAUGGAGGGUCAAGGUUGUGCACUACUUCAGACUGUCCUCCGUUACAAUGACCCUGAGCCUGAUGCUAGUGAUGCAUUCAGCCUGAGAGUGGACACCAGAACAGAGCAAGAUCCUUUCUGCGUGACGAAACGUAUCUCGGCCUGUGCUGACUACCUGCUACCUGACGGAGCUUCCAAUAUGGCUGUUAUCGAAGUCAACCUCGUUUCUGGUUACAUACCGGAGAAGGAGGACUUGAAAAAGUUGGUGAGCAAUAACAGAGGCAUCAUCAAACGCUACGAAGUCGACGGGAACAAAGUCUCCUUCUACAUUGAAGAAAUCACAGCCAACGAAGUCUGCGUUAAUUUCAGGGUCAUUCGCCAAGUGAAUGUGGAAGAUGCAAAGCCAGGCUCUGUUGUUGUUUUUGAUUAUUAUCAGCCAGAAUUCUCCAUAAGCAAGGUGUAUCAACUUCCUGAUGCAUCCCAGUGUUUCAACUGAAAAAUCCUGAGGAUAUCCACCCUAGGAAAAAUGAUCUGCAAAAGGCAUUUAUACUUAAUUUAAAAGGUUUUAUGAACUGUUACAAAUAUUUUAUUCUUCUGUGAAGUAUACUAAGGAGUUUUAUUCUAAAUUAAAAAUACAUUACGUACUACCAAAAUACAUGAUAUUUUAGAUUAAACGCAAGUUUUAUUUUUUUAACAAUCUCCUGAGCACUUCUCUUAUGUAAUCUGGCUCUUUAAAACUGAUUUCUGAGAAUUUUAACCAACAAGAGGUCCAUAUUGAUAUGAAAAACCCUCAAUUUGUGUAUGUACUCCAUUCACCGUUCAUUACUGUAUUCUAAUAUUAAAAAUUUAUCACUUC